CAUUUUUAUUUUCCAUUUUUUGAGUCUUCUGCCCCCCAAUCCAAACAAACGGUGGUAAACUCCGAUGGUGCUGGCCGCCGUAUCAAUGUCAACCACAACACCGUCUGCGCUGUUUACCCCUGCGGUUCUUUCCCCUAUCAAGAUUCUCAAAAUCCCUCGCGUUCUCUGGCCAUGGCAGAAGGUGAAACUGGGGCCAAUGACUGUAUCUCCUAUGGGUUUUGGAACCUGGGCAUGGGGCAAUCAGCUACUUUGGGGAUAUCAAGAAUCUAUGGAUACUGAGCUUCAACAGAUUUUUAACCUAGCUAUUGAUAAUGGUAUUAACCUCUUUGAUACCGCCGAUUCUUAUGGGACUGGUAAAUUAAAUGGCCAGAGCGAGAAGCUUCUUGGAAGGUUCAUUGGUGCAUUUGAAGGACAGGCAAAAAUUCGUGACAACGUUGUCAUAGCCACAAAGUUUGCUGCAUAUCCAUGGCGCCUCACCCCCAACCAAUUUGUGAACGCGUGCAGGUCUUCUUUGGAUAGGUUGCAAAUUGAGCAGAUUGGAAUAGCACAACUACAUUGGUCCACUGCAAAUUAUGCUCCUCUUCAAGAGCGAGCUCUUUGGGAUGGUUUAGUGGCAAUGUAUGAGAAGGGUUUGGUUCGGGCAGUUGGGGUGAGCAACUAUGGACCAAAGCAGCUAAUUAAGAUACAUGAUUACCUCAAGGCACGUGGAGUUCCCUUAUCUUCAGCUCAGGUGCAAUUUUCAUUGUUGAGCAUGGGUGAGGAUCAAAUGGAGAUUAAGAAUGUAUGUGAUUCACUGGGAAUCCGCGUGAUAUCUUACAGUCCAUUAGGCCUUGGCAUGCUUACCGGCAAGUACACAUCUUCUAAUCUUCCACGGGGACCAAGGAGUUUGCUGUUCAGACAAAUUAUUCCAGGGCUGGAGCCGUUGUUAAUCUCAUUAAAAGAAAUAUCAUUAAAAAGGGGAAAAAGCAUACCUCAGGUUGCAAUAAACUGGUGCAUCUGCAAAGGCACGAUUCCAAUACCAGGAGUUAAGUCUGUUAAACAAGCUGAGGAGAAUCUGGGAGCUCUAGGUUGGAAGCUGAGGGGGAAUGAGUUGGAUGAAUUGGAAUAUGGUGCGAGCCAAUCUUCUGGCAAGAUGAUCCAAAACGUCUUCCAGACAAGAUAAGUUUGAGGAAAAGCUCGGUCCGCCUGACAAAUGUACGUAGAUAUAGGGAUACUGAAUGCCUCUCCUAGUACAAGUUGUGUAAAAGAAGAACAUGUGACAUAAAACGAUUGGUUGGUUGGUUGGUUCAAGUGUGUUUGGGAUGCUCCUAUCUCUGUUGUUUUAAUAUGGUAUUGAUUCAACAAAAAAGGAUCCUCAAUCC